AUUAAUCUUUUAAUGCAUUUUUGUUUAAUUACCUAAGUAUUAUAAUUUGUGAAAUAGAAAUAAUUGAAAUCAACUAUCGCAAUAUUUCAACGAAUGCCUAAAGCCUGAGAGACUUGUUGACAAAUUAAAGUAAAAUCACUGAAUGGAUUACAUUAAUUUUAAUAAUAAUUGGGGAACAAUUUCACUUAGAUAAACAACAAAAUGGUUAACUCAACACAAGAAGAAAAAAAAUCAUCUCAUAUAGAAAAUAUUUGGAAAAUACCUGGAAUGCAAUCAGCUUGGUAUUAUACUGCAAUAACUUACAGUACAAUUAAAGAUUCAAAUAGUGCAAGUUGGGCAAUUAAUUCUAUUAAACAAACUGUACAGCAAUCAUUGGAUCAAACAACACCCGUAGCUGAUACAGUUCUUACUUCAUUGGUGAAACCAAUUGCUUUAGCUGACCAAACUUUAUGGAAUGGGUUAUCCAUUAUUAAAAUAUAUUUACCAUUGGUAACUGAAGCACCAUGGAAAAUUCAUCAAGCGAUAGAACCUACAUUACGCACAAUAAAUAAUGCGAAAGAUUUUAGCGCACAGAUGUCAAAAGACUUAUGUAAUUAUAGUUGGGCAAAAGCAAAUGAAUUACCAGGCGUAUGCUACACGUUUUAUCGUCCAAUUUCAUCAAACGUUGGACAAAUGAUAGUUCACGAUAUCGUUCCAAUGCUAUACAAUCGUCAACAGAUUAACGAUAUUUGGUCUAUGUUGAUGACACGUUAUAUUCAAGCUGCUGUUGGAGGUUUGAAUACGAAUAAAAAUAUGUUCCCAAAAUUGGAGGCUAGGUUUGUUUUUAUUCCCUUCCCUGGAAUACGAAUGGCAAUGUAUUUUUCAUUGUCUUGUAAUUUUAACGAAUUUUCGGAAAGAAAAUAAAUAUAUUGGUGUUAUAUCGAUGUAUAACAUCACAUUAAAAGCAGAAAUUUCAUUUUCGAUUGGAGAUAGAACUCAAAUUUAAAAUAAAUUUUUUCCAUCAAAAUAUCAAUAUGGAAUUAAAAUUUGUGGUUAGUUUAAUUGAAGCUAAUCUACUAAGCGGCAAAGCUUUUUAAAUGUCUUCAAUUCAGUUUUAUUAAAGUCUUUUUAAAUAUUGUGCACAAGUUCAUCCGAUGUCCGAGUCGCAACGUCAGAAAAUAUAACUAGGAACUAUAGACGAAAAGUCCUUGAUACGAUUUUAGGACUAAUAUUUUUGAAUUUUGAUUGUAUUUAAUUAUUUAAUAAU